GACGAUAGCCAUCAGUCUGACUUGAGAUGCGAUCGAGUGCAGUGCGCGGAUUGGAAAUUUCCCUGAGAUUGUUAGUUAUUCUCGGCUUAAAAAUUGUGAUAACGACCGGUCGCUUGCAACCAGCAGAAAAUGUGUUCCCCACCGAUGUGAACAAAGCAUUACUACCAAAUUACAGGCAAAAUUUGAAUGAUUGUCACCUUCGUUAUCACAAGUAUGGCGAUUAUAAUUUGGUUUAUCCAAUAUUCGGAGUUCCAGUGCAAAUUGGUGAAUUUGCUCACAUGGCGGCAAUCGGGUGGAUUAAAUCCAACAAUGUAGUUGAAUUCAGUUGCGGUGGGUCGUUAAUUACACCAAGUCACGUGUUGACCGCUGCACAUUGCGGUAGUCGUGAUGGACAACCACCCGAUGUGGUACGUUUAGGAGUAAUCAACGUUAACGUAAGCAUCGAUGACCCAAGCAAUAAAUUUGCCCAACAGUAUAGAAUUGCUUCCUUCAAACGUCAUCCCGAGCAUAGAUUUUCGGCUUUCUAUAACGAUAUUGCCAUUAUAACACUGGAAAGAACAGCCACAAUAAAUGACGUAGUAACACCAGCAUGUCUUUGGAACCAAGACGCUUUAGAAUUUCCAAGAUUAGAAGCAGCUGGAUUCGGACAAACUUCGUUUGGUGGAAGUCAAACCCCAAUCUUACUGAAAGUUAAGCUUUCAUCCAUCAACAAUGUCGAAUGUCGAAAUUAUCACGCUCCAGAUAAUCGUAAACUACGACAGGGGAUAAUUGACUCGCAAAUGUGUGCGCAGGAUAGUAAAAUGGACACUUGCUCUGGCGAUUCGGGAGGACCUUUACAAAUCAAACUUAUGUCGAAUCACCGGACAACACCCUAUUUAGUGGGAAUAACAUCAUUUGGAUCCUUCUGUGGAACGCCAAUUCCAUCUGUUUAUACCCGUGUGUCUAAAUACAUUUCAUGGAUUGAAACGGAAACCAAAACAUCGUUUACAUCGGUAGAAUGUAAUGCUAGGUAUGUACAUUUGCGAGAAGCAGAUGAAUCUAUGAUGUCUACAAGUACAGGCGAUCACGUGUUCAUCGAACCAGAAAAAAGUUAUAUGGACAUCGAAACAUUCCCAAAACACCAGGCUUACCUGGGCUACAGUGCCGGAAAAUUGAUUCAGUGGAAUUGUGGCGGAGUACUAAUCAAUGAAGAUUAUGUUCUGACGGUGGCCCAUUGUGACAAGUUCAUAUUCGAUCAAACACCGAGUCAUGUUAAAAUUGGAGAUUUGAACAUUCACAGCAAUAGUCCUCAAGCUCAAAUAAUCAAAAUUGAAACAUUCAUCAAACAUCCCAGCUAUAAUCCUGGUUUCUUGAAUAACGACAUUGCAUUAGUCAAACUCGCCACCGAUGUGAGGAUAGGCCCCAGUGCGCUUCCUGCUUGUUUGGUGAAUAACGACUUGACUAUGCCGUUUUAUGAAAUGGGUGGAUUGGGACCAUACAAUCUGAACAAUUUUUUGCGCGAUGAUGAAAUUGCGUCACUGAAUAGCAGUCUCACUUUAACUCGCAUGCGAGUAGAUGCUAUACCAUGCCAGCGUACAAAUAGUAGUAAAAUUAUGUGUGCCAAGAAUAACAAAUUUUUGGUCCUUAACACUUGCAGGAUAGAGCACGGUGGUGGUCUGGAACGAGAAACUUGGCACUAUGAUCGAUAUUUCCAGUAUGUUUUUGGCCUUACAGUCGCUGGUAAAGAUUGUGGUUUUGGCAGUGAAGCUUACUUCAUUCGUACUUCCGCUCAUAGCCAAUGGAUAGAAUCGAUUGUUCUAGGGAAAAAUCCGGCCCCCGUUCUGAGUCGAUCUGCUCGACAGAUUUUUUUCCCGACAGAUGAUGAUAGAUUUUACAGCACAGUUGACCACAGAGGUUCUGAAACACCUACGAAGCAAACGUAUACCUUGAAGAAAUGUGUUACCUAUUGGAAACAAUACAAACAGCCUGAGGUAGAAGAGUAUGAAAUGAUUCCUUCGAAUGGACGAACUGUUCGAAGAGGGGAGUAUCCCCAUAUAGCUUUCGUUGGUGUCCGUCGAAACAAUGUAAUCAGCUGGAGUUGCACGGCAGUAAUAGUUAGCGAUCGGUUCGUUCUAUCUAGUGCAAGUUGCGUUAAUGCAAAGUCUCCGAAUGUUGUUCGGCUAGGAACAGUUGAAUUGAAAAGUUUAGUUGGAAGUCCUGAUGUCCAAGAUAUUGCGAUCGAGCGAAUUGUGCAGCAUACAAAUUUUAAUACCGCUACGUUAAGAGCAGACCUAGCACUAAUCAAGCUAGUAUCAAGUGUAACCUUCAACAGUAAAGUAUUACCAGCUUGUUUAUGGUCCAACUCAGAAGCUGUGCAGCUAAAACUGUAUUCCCUAGGAACUAGUGAAAGUCAGCUUACUGUGCGUCCUCGACUCACUAAGUACAACCAAGAUUGUCGUAAAUUUUACCAACUGCAAAAUUUAUUGGAUGAGGAACAGUUGUGUGCUGAAAAUUACUACGUUAGCAAAAAUUCGUGUCAGGAUCGCAACGGAGAUCCUAUUGAAGGAAUAAUAGCCACUGCAAAUAUCAAAAUAUCUAUUGUCGUUGGAACCACAGCAUAUCAUUCGGGUUGUCCCGGAAACGGACAGGAUACAAUAACCAUCUACACCCGACUGGCAGCAUUUAUGGACUGGAUUAGAACUGUUGUUGAAUCCUAAUAUGAAUUAGAUGUUAAUUAUAUAGAAAAUUUGUUCUCAUCAGUCUAAGCAGUUGUUAUGUUUAUAAUCGCCAUACUCCUUUACUGCUGAGGUAUGUGCAAGCGUCACAUG